AUGGCGCUGCCCCCUCGUGUGCACGAACACGUCGUUCCGCGACGCCCUAGUGCCGCUGUAUACCGCCGACAUGUUCUUCUGACCCCUCCAGCUAUCACUGGUAUCGUCAAGCAUGAUGGCGACGAAUGCCUUGCGUAUUCCCCAUUCGGCGCCUUAUGUUCUUUGGGACUCGCAGCCUCGCUCUUUCAGAAGCGCACACUUGUUACUAACAGGUCGUCAAAAGGAGAGGGUAGAAAAGAGAUGCUGAUUUUGAGAAUGUAAGUGCAGCAAAGAACUACGAAGACCAUGAUGAGUGUGCGACCCGAGAGCAGGACAAGCAGCCCAGUCCUCUUUACCUUGGGAGCUGUGCCGCCCGUAGCAUCGGAACGGGGAUUAUGA